AUGUCGCAAGUUGAAUUAGAUCAGUUUCAAGAUUUAGAAAAUAAAAAUGAAGAUCAAUUUCUUCAAGAGCAAACCCCCAAUCAGCAAACAACUUUUAAUUUAAAUGAAUUAAAUUCAUUUUCACCACCAAUUAAUCCAGAAAGAGAAAAUAAUGAUAGCGAUUAUCCAUCAUCAUCAAUAGCAAAUAAUAAUAAUAAUGCUAAUAAUUUUAACAAUACGAAUAAUUUUAAUAAUAUACUAAAUUUAAAUAUUUUAAAUAAUUACAACAAUAGCACAUCUAAUAACAAUAAUAACAAUAACAAUAAGAACCUAGUAAUGGAUAGUAAUGAAUCAUUAAAUUCAGCAUUACACCACUCGAAUAUUUCAUCCUCAGCACCCUAUAAUGAAUUCUCAACUAAAAAUUCAGUAGAUGAAAUUGUUUUCUUUUCAAAGCCACCCUCAUUACAAUCAUUAGCAUUUAGAAUCGUUUCAUCAUGGGUAUUUGGUUUAGUAAAUAUGGUAAUUUUAAUGCUAUUCAAUCCUUCACAUCCUAUGCAAUUUAUUUGGGGUGUAUUAUGUAUUGGUUGUUGUAUGACUGCUAUUUUUGCCAUUAGUUGGAGUUCACUACUAUUAAAGUUCCCAAUUUCAUUUCUUAUAAUUUUUGCAACUACAAUCUACUGGGUGGGAACUCCAAUAACAUGGGAAAUUCUAUAUGUUAUCAACCUCUAUCCACCACCCAUCGGUGUAUUUACCUGCAUUUUCCCAUUCGAAGGUUUAUCAUUGGUCCUAGUAUGUCUUUUAAUUCCAAGAGCAAUCCGUAAUAAAAAUGGUUUUAGAAAGAAGGUUAUUACUGCAUUUUCAUCUUUAGUCGCACCUUACUUAAGUUUUGUUAGUGGGCUUAUUUAUUUCAGACUUUUCCAAUACUCUAACAAUAUAGGACGUAUUCUUUUACCACCUGUCUAUACCGUUGUAAUGAAAAUUAUUCAAAUAGGUCUCGAUAUUAUUUGUAUUCGUUGUGCUCACUCUGGUUCAAAUUUACUCAUUAUCAUUGGUCGUAUUAUCGCAUCAUACUAUUCAUUUGCAGUCUUAUCUUUUGUAAGAAAUCCAGUAUCUUUGAUAUCAGUUAUUCUUUCAAAGUUUGGUUUGCACAUUUUUAUGUCUAUUUUCAUGGUGUACCCCAGCAUAGAAAAUAAAAUCAUUUCACUCUUACCCAAAUCAAUUAUAGAUUGGAAAGUAUCUUUCGAAAAAGGUAAUUUAGAUAAAGAGGCAGCUAGUUUUGAAAGCAACUUGGAUCCACAUAACGAAUUCGACAGAAUGGCUUUAGAAAAUGACCCAGUUUAUUUCAAAAUUCACAGUAAAGGUACUAACCUUUGGUUUUCUCAGUUCUCAGAUCUUUUAGCAAUCCUCAUGGCUCUCACCGUCUAUACUAUGGGUAGAUAUGGUCCAACAAGUGCUCACUAUAAUAAUAUGUUUCCAUUUAACAACGAUACUUCAAAAGUAAUGGGUCUAAAUGAUCACUUCCACUUGUUUUUAAUUUAUCUUACAAUUUGUUUUGUAGCUUUGAUUAUAAUCUAUUCAAGUAUGUGGUUUGCUUUAAAUAAAAUCAUCAAAACAUUGGAGUUAAAGAAAAUAGCUGCCCUUGUUAGUGUAAAUUGGUUCCCAUUAAAUCACUUUUACGUAUCAUGUAUCAACUUUAUGAUGGCUUAUGUAAUUGUCGUGGUAGCUCUUAUGCCUGAUUUGUUCUACAUCCCUGGAAUUGACUUUUGGAAUACUUCAAAUUAA